AUGCCACAUAAAAAGAAACCCCGUGUUGAAGCACAAACAAUUGAACAAGCUGUAAAUGAAGUGAUACAGAAAAGGAUUUCUGUAAGAUUGGCUGCUAAAGCAUUUAAUUUAAGCAAAUCACAUUUACACAGAUUGGUCUUAAAAGCCCAAGCAUCUAAAUCUACCUCUAAUCUGUUUAUCAGUCAAAUAUCGAUCGUAAAGCCUACUGCUGAAUCACCUGCUUUAAUAGUCCUCGACAAUCAUAAAACUCACAUCACUAUCAAUGUCAUUCUUUAUGCCAAGGAAAAUAAUAUUAUGAUACUAACAUUUCAUCCUCACUGCAGCCACCGCUUACAACCCCUCGAUGUUUCCGUUUUUGGACCGUUUAAAGCUCGACUAUAUCCAAAAGCGUCGCCACGAAAAGCUACUGGAAAGCAACGUAAACACAAAAGCACAAUUAUAACAGAAACACCUGAAAAAGAUAGAUUGCUUAUGGAAAACAUGAUGGAUAUCUUCAAAAAGAAAACGCCCAAAGCUAACAAAGAAAAUAAAAGACAUGUAAAACAAAUUUUCAAAUGCAAAUUGCAAAAGAUUGAAGAAUUCACUCCAAAACUAAGGCAUCGUAGCCAGAGAAAAAAUAACUCAGAUGAUCAAGUGUGCCAUGUUUGUAAGGAGAGAUAUUCUGUAAGCAUUGAAGAUUGGUAUCAAAGUAAUAUUUGCACGAGAUGGGUGCAUGAAACUUGUGGCAUUAAAGUGACAACUCCGCGUCUGUGUGGGAGCCACGUCUCUGUAGUGUUGAGUAAACAUUCCUCUGUAUUGCCGCAAUGCCACCAAAGAAGAAACCUAAAACCAAAGAAGAAAUAA